AUGUCAUCGUUGGUGUCAUUGACUCUGUUUUUCGUCAGUGUGAAAACAAAGGCUCGGUUGAUAUUCUUUGCAGGGGUUUGGCCUGAAUCAGAGAGCUUUAGGGAUGAAGGGUUAGGUCUUGUUCCUGAAAAGUUCAAGGGACAAUGCAUCCUCGGAGAAAAUUUCACAUUGUCCAACUGCAAUAGAAAGAUUGUAGGCGCCAGGUUCUACUUCCAAGGGUAUGAAGCAGAAAAUGGCCCUCUAGAAUCUUUCAACUUACCCUUCUUCAGGUCAGCCCGAGAUGCUGAUGGCCACGGGAGCCACACCGCAUCAACGAUUGCAGGAUCUGUGGUUCCAAAUGCCAGCUUAUUUGGGAUAGCCCAAGGCACUGCUCGGGGACGGGCCCCAGGUGCUACACUAGCCAUUUACAAGGCAUGUUGGUUCGGCGAAUGCAAUGACGCAGAUGUCCUUGCAGCAAUGGAUGAUGGGAUCAAUGACGGUGUUGAUGUGCUUUCUCUCUCACUGGGUCCACUCCCUCCCCAACCAAUCUAUUUCGAGAAUGCCAUCUCGAUAGGAGCAUUCCAUGCAUUUAGGAGAGGGAUAGUAGUUUUGGCAUCUGCUGGAAACUCAUUUUUCCAAGGGACUGCUACCAAUGUGGCUCCUUGGAUACUUACUGUAGCCGCUAGUUCCAUUGAUAGAGAAUUUAACUCGAACAUAUAUCUCGGAAACUCAAAGGUUUUGAAGGGUUAUUCUUUGAAUCCUCUCAAGAUGGAAGCUUCCUAUGGGCUAAUAGCCGGGAAUGAAGCAGCUGCUAAAGGAGUUCCAGUAAAAAAUGCCAGCUUCUGCAAGAACAACACUUUGGAUCCUACCUUAGUAAAGGGAAGGAUUGCCCUGUGCAUGGUUGAGGUGUUGCUUCGUGAUAAUCGUAGAGAGAAGGCUUUUUCCGUGAGAGAUGCCGGUGGUGUGGGAAUCAUCCUUGUCGACCCAGUUAGGCAAGACGUUGGUUUUCAAUUUAUAAUCCCAGGAGCUGUAAUUGGUCAGGCAGAAGCCAAAGAGCUUCAAUCCUACAUGGCGACAGAAAAGUAUCCAACAGCUAAAAUUGCACCAACAGUGACUGCCUUGAACACAGAGCCAGCACCAGCAAUGACAAUGUUUUCUUCCAUGGGACCAAAUGUCCCGGAUAUUACAGCACCUGGUUCGAAGAUUUUGGCUGCCUGGUCUCCAUUGGCAACUGAAAACACCUCGGAUUGCCGUGUCAACUAUAACAUAAUAUCAGGGACCUCCAUGUCUUGCCCCCACACAGCCGCGGUCGCAGCGAUUCUGAAAUCUUACUAUCCUUCGUGGAGUCCAGCUGCUAUCAAGUCUGCCAUCAUGACCACAGGAAACCCAAUCAGACGGCAUCCAAACGGCACACAGGCCUCACCUUUUGACUAUGGAUCCGGACACAUAAACCCCGUUGCAGCAUUGAACCCAGGACUUAUCUACGAUUUCCAUUCCAACGACGUUAUAAAUUUCCUCUGCAGCACUGGGGCAAGCCCUACACAACUCAAGAACCUAACAGGAGAUCUAAUUUCCUGCAAGAACCCACCAACAUCGUCCUAUGACUUCAACUACCCUUCAAUCGGGGUAUCCAACAUGAAAGGGAACAUGUCUGUUCACCGGACUGUCACUUAUCAUGGACAAGGCCCAACAGUUUAUACUGCGGUCAUAAACUAUCCGCCGGGCGUUAGAGUUGCGGUUUAUCCUGCUCAGCUCAGGUUUACUCAGGCAGGGCAAAAAAUGUCCUUCAGGAUUGAUUUCAGUCCUUACAAGAACAGUAACGGGAGCUUUGUGUUUGGAUCACUGACAUGGAGCAAUGGGGUUCACAUUGUCAGGAGUCCUAUUGGUCUUAAUGUGAUUUCUGUGUAGAAUUAUCACGCCUUAGUAUUGUAAUCAAGUAUUAACUAGCUAUUCUGGUUUAAAUUCCAUGUUGGUAUUGUUUCUAGUAUCGCUCGAAAUGUUAAAUUCAUAAUUAUGAGUCGUUCACUUACAAGUCCAUAGUU